AUGAAGAACAGAGAUAGCAAACUCAGGAAGCUUCUAGAAAAAGCAGUCUUAUGGCGCAGUGUGCCAUUGAUCCGUCCCCACUCUUGGCACCUGGCGAAGCUGUCAGAGGCACUCUGCACUACGGGCACUGGUGACCCCUCAGAUGGCCCCCCGGCUAUGCAGCUCCACUUCACACCUCUCAGUGUACCGUGGCACUCCGGAGGUGACAAUAGUGAGCUGUCAAUGCAGUGGGGCCAUAUCUCCAGGCACUACAGCACAGACCGCAGUAGCUCAAUAGGAAGUAUGGAGAGUCUGGAGAAUCCUCCCAACCAGGGUUACUAUGACAGUCAGCUCUCUCCCAUUGAUCCUGUCAUCUUCAACAACAAACGCGACUCCGCUUACAGCUCAUUCUCAGCCAGCUCAAACACAUCCGAUUACACUGUCCCUGUCAAGCCUGAGGAUACCAACUCUAUGGACAGUCUGCUCCAGGGUUUUGGUUCUUCCUGCAGGUAUCCAGACAGAGGCAAACAUUGUGCCUCCAGUGGCCAUGGAAACCAGCGGGAAGAGCGUGAACACUCCAAGAUACUGUCUGACAGAACUGAUUCUAAAGUCCGACCGUCAUCCUACAGCUGCGAGGAGGAAAACUGUGCGCCACCGCAGCCACCCAUGAGGAAGGACAGUUUUAGGGCUACUAGAGGCCAACCAACAGAUAAACGCUGUGUGUCUGCUCCUGUAGGCAUCCCAAGUGUAACCAGCUGCAUGGUUGAAGAUCAAUCCCAAAUCCAGGAAGUUUUGACUGGCAAUGUUUAUUUGAAUGGAACACAAGACAAUGAGCAAGAACAUAAAAGAUGCACCAUUGAACCUUAUUACACCUUCAACUCUAAGAGAGACUCUGAUGGAGAUAGCAAGGCAACUGACCAUGAGAAAAAACACUUGGAGAACUAUUCAGAAACUGUGGUGGUGUCUACACCUUCUCUUAGUCCCUUUUCACAAAGGAAUAGGGAUGAGAACUUUGAUACCCAACUCCAACCAGAACGUAAUAUCCAGUCAGCAAUGCAUAGAAACAGUGCACCUGAGAAACUUCUAGCUUCUCAGCUGUGUAUGAUGGAUUUUUCUGGUGACAAAAGGGAUAAUCGUGCAUCUCCAACUUGUCAGUGGUCACAGUCACCUCUUUAUCUGAGUGAUACUAGUCCAAAUACAGCCCAGGGCAAGUGGGGAGCAAGUAGAUGUUCCACACCUGGUUCGGUGGCAACUUCCGAACUUGAGGAUCCCAGGUUAGAAGAGGAUCAUCUUGAUUCUAGACAGAAUCUCUGGGGGCAGCCUAUUAAUGUCUCUGGAAAUCCCAUGGAGAAUGGGUUCUCCACCGCUAACUCUCAGACCAGUGAGAAGAACUUUGGGUCUGUAUGUGCUGGCAUGUGUGUGGACACUCACCUGAAUGAGAACGGAGGAGAAGUGAGGGUAGACGAUGGCAGCAUCACAAAGCAGUCGCAGAAACGGCAGUUCCGUAGCAGCAAAUCGCGUCGUAGAAGUGAGCGUUUUGCAACAAACCUCAGAAAUGAGAUCCAAAGGAAGAAGGCCCAGCUGCAGAAGAGUAGAAACCCAUGUGGUGAGGAGACUGUGGAAGAAGAGGUUGCAGAUCUCAACAUGGAGGCAGUAGCUCCUCCAGAGCUCCAUCAACCCAGAGCCCAAACCUUGCCAGGAGCUACACCCCAGCUGAGGUAA